UCCAGUCUCCAGUCUCCACCCCUUAAUCAUGAUGAUGAUGAUGAUGAAGAAGAAAAUACAAAGAGAUGAUGAAUCCAUGAUCCGACUGCAGAUAUUAUUAGAGGAUCUUGUCUUCUCCCGCCACCUCCACCUCCUCCCCCUGCUCUCCACCGCCUGCGCUUGUUGGCUUCUUCUUUUUGCAGCUCUCUCCUUUCUAUCUCCGCCCAUCUCCAACCACCACCUCGCUCUUAAAGCCACAUUUCAUGAUGGAGUCGGUAUUCACAUGAAUGUCGAGAAACAAAAUGUGUUUCGCAUUCCGAAGAGAGGAGGAAGCUCAGGCCCCGAAUUAUGGACUUCACAUCAAUCCAAAUUCUUUUACGGAUGCAGCAAUGCCAGCAAAAACUUUAUAACUGCCAGCAUGAGUACACGACCUGAUAGGUACUUGCUGAUUACAACUAGUGGAGGCUUAAAUCAACAAAGAACAGGGAUAAUAGAUGCUGUUGUGGCUGCUUAUAUCUUGAAUGCUACACUGGUUGUGCCUAAGCUGGACCGAGAAUCCUUCUGGAACGAUUCCAGCAACUUUUCCGACAUCUUUGAUGUCGACUGGUUUAUAACGUACCUGUCGAAAGAUGUGAAAAUUAUAAAACAGCUCCCGGAAAAGGCAGGGAAAGUCAUAACUACUCAUGUUCCGAGGAAUUGUGAUCCAAAAUGCUACCAGACUCGCAUCUUGCCCAUAUUUGAUAGAAAGCGCGUUGUUCACCUGACGAAGUUCGAUUACAGGCUAUCAAAUUGGCUUGACAUGGAUUUACAGAAGCUGAGAUGCAGAGUUAACUACCAUGGUUUGAGGUUUACUCAUCCCAUUCUUGCAAUGGGUAGGAAAUUAGUUGAGAGGAUGAGAACGAAAGGCAAGCAUUUUUUGGGAUUGCACUUAAGAUUUGAAGCAGAUAUGCUUGCAUUCUCUGGAUGCUACUAUGGCGGAGGAGAGAAAGAAAUGAAAGAACUAAGUGAAAUGCGAAAGAGGUGGAUAACUUUACAUAAAAAAGACCCUGACAGGGAAAGAAGGCAGGGGAAAUGCCCACUGAGUCCUGAAGAAGUUGGGUUGAUGUUGAGGGCAUUGGGGUACGGGGAUGAGGUGCAUAUUUAUGUAGCAUCAGGUGAAAUAUAUGGAGGGGAAGCAGCAAUGGCUCCUCUGAGAGCUCUUUUCCCAAAUUUACAUACAAAAGAGAGUAUAGGCAGCAAGCAAGAGUUGGCAGAAUUUUCAGCAUAUUCCUCCCGGAUGGCUGCAGUGGACUUCAUUGUUUGCGAUCAGAGUGAUGUAUUUGUGACCAAUAACAAUGGAAACAUGGCGAAAAUACUUGGUGGGAGAAGGAGAUACUUUGGUCAGAAACCAACUAUCCGUCCAAACGCCAAAAAACUCAACAGGUUGUUGGUGAAGAGGAAUAAGAUGAGGUGGGAAGAGUUUGCUUCACAGGUGCGGACAUUCCAAAUCGGUUUCAUGGGGGAGAUUGAGAGUGGGAGUGGGAGUGGGAGUGGGAGUGGGAGUGGGAGUGGUGUGUUUCACGAAAACCCACUCUCUUGCAUAUGCACAAAUUCAACUGAAAACGGAAGUACAAGAAGGAGAGAUGAUGAUGAUGAUGACGAGCUAGUGUUGUUAGAAGAUUUAUCAAAAUAUGAUGAUGAUGAUGAUGAUUGAACCCCAAGGAGAUUGGAUGGUGGGAGACAUUGAUUGAUGUUCAAUUUGAUUCUUGAAGGUGGUUUCUGAGGCAAUGUAAAUGUGAUCAUCCAUGCCUCUUUUUCAACUAUAUUUUUCGGCUCAAUUGAUGAAUUCCAGAAAAGCUUAAUAAACUUUUUCAUUAAGAAGCCUCAAUUGAACAAUCCCUCCUACUUUAAAACAACAUUAUGGUAAAAGAAAGGAAAUUAUAAUUUCCCAAUUAAUUGAAAGCAAC